AAAUUCGAAUCCCAUAUACCCAUAUGCAUUCAUUUUGCUUUCCUUUUAAGCGAACGAUACCCAUUAGCGUCAAAGCGUUUCCAUUCUCCAUCGCCGAUAAGGACGUCGAAAGCCCUACUCCCCCCACAUUUAUCAGAACCCAGAUAAAAACCCAUCUCCCAAAUCCCAAGAUCUCAAACAGCGAACCCUUUUUCUGGGUCUGAAAUUCCAGGGAAAAAGAGAUUCGAAGCACUCAAAGUGAAGCAAAGAUGUGCUGCUGUCCAAGCAGAGUUUGCAUGCUGUGCACUUGUUUGAUACUGGUGGUGGUUUUGGUGGGGCUUUUGUUUGGGUUUGGAGUGUUCAAGAAUGGCUUCCACAAGAUCAAAGAUACUGUGAAUUUCUGUGAUCCGAAUGUUCAUGGAUCUUAUUGUGGGUCUACUGGAAGACCCUUCUUGGGUUACACUGCACCUGCACCUUUCUAGGGGGGUUUCUUUAAUUCUCUUGUUUUUCUAUGUAAUUUGUUUAUCCUUUUCUGUUCUUGGUUUUAUUUUGAAUUUUUAGUUUUUAGGUUUGGUUUUUUAUUGCUGGUAAUCUGGGUUACUGGGUCUCAUUGCAGCAGCAGCUGCUGCUGCACUAGGGAUUUGGGUUGUUCUUGGAAUUUAGGUUUAUUUGUAUUUUGGCCCCUUCCAGUUUAUUAUUCUAUUGGUUAUGUUUAUUUUAGUGGACCUUGAUUUGUGUGUGGCAGAUUCCUCUGAUACUUUUUGGAUAUUAA